AUGGCUUCCCUCAAAGCGGCGCGUUGCGCCAUCGUGCCCGGCCUGCGCCAACCACUGGGCCUUUCAACAGCAAAUUCGCUUUCGCAGUCUGCCUUUCUUCGCCCAACCCUGAGGCCGAUGGCGCCACACUCUAUCCAGAGGACUACAGGUGCAAGAAACAUUUCCAUGGGCGCCUAUGUCGAAAACAGUGUCCAAGCGACCGGGGAGGCUCUCAUCUGGCUAAACUCCCUCGGCUCUACAGGACACUGGGGCACUACAAUCAUAUUCGCAGCUUUUGCCGUCGCCGUCGUCAGAACACCGCUUCAGAUGAUCGCCAAGCACAUUGUCAACAAACAGACCGAAACCAUGCCAUUACUUAACGCCUGGAGGUUUCAAUUUCGUGCCAACCGCCUUUCGGGAGCCCUGCAACUAGCCCGGACUCGAAAAAGGCUCCUCAAGGAACGUGGGUGCCAGGACUGGAAGGCCUGGGCACCCGCACUCGGCAUACCCAUUUGGUUUCUCAUGUCCGAAACUCUGAGGCGGCUGUGUGGCGCCCGUGGCGGCUGGUUGUCCUUAUUGUCAGGAAACUACAAGGACACUACCCAACCAGCCGUGGGUGCAGCAGCAGCAUCUGUCCCGGAGCAGGCGUCAACGGCUCUAUCAUCGUCAGUCGAAGCUGUCUCAAACGGCUUGCAGUCUCUUGGCUCGACCGUGGAGGCCGGUAUGGCCAAUGGCGGCAUGCUAUGGUUUACCGAUCUCACAGUAGCUGAUCCCACGAUGGCCCUACCCGGGAUACUGAUGUUGACGAUGGGCUACACAAUGUUCCCGAAGCAAGAGGAGAUGAGAAAGCUUGUGUUCGACUUCGGAAACUCCCAAGCAUACAUGACUCCCGGCCUGAAGUGGAGAGUUCGUCUUCAAAGGGGACUACUCGUCUCGGCAAUUCUUGUGCCCGCGCUCUGUAGCAACUUGCCAGCAGGCUUGUUUGUUUACUGGAUUGCGUCCAUGGCCUUCACGCAGGUCUCUGGCAAGGUAGUAGACAGGGUAUUUCCCAAACCUCAUACCGUUCAACCUUGCCGGCACCGAGAGCCUAUCAUUUUGCCGGUAGCAUAG